AUGACCCUCCCGUCCCUCCGCAGUCCACUGCAUUCCCUUCAGCGCAUAAUUGUCCCUCUAGCCAUCGUCUCGACGCUGUACUUAUACCUCUACCCUGUCUUCCACGGCUGCGCGUUUCCGAGCAUACAGCAGUAUGGAGUUGCGGAUACAGCAGCCGUCGAUGGGACCGCGGACUGGGUAGAUCCGCGCCGCAACCCACAUAACGCGCCGCAUAAAGCAGGGCAGUUGGCGAGGACUUAUUGGGAUACGCUGAGCCUGCACCUGCCGGGCUUACUUGGUGGCAAGGAUGUGGAUGCACAAGAAGACGAUGAUCUGCUAAGGAGGAAAAGAGGGAGAGCGCCAUUCAGGCUACUUGUACUGGCGGAUCCGCAGAUUGAGGGGGACAGCAGUUUGCCCAAACCGGAGGAGGGGUUUUGGAGGAGGUUGAGAGAGCACUGGAAGGAUGUUUGGCGGGGGAGGAAGGGGAGUGAUGAGGAGGCCGGGCAGGGUCAGCAGGCACAAGAGCGGACGGCGGAUCAUGUGGAUCUUGGGAGCUGUGAAGACUCGGACGAGGCUGGGUGGACUGAUUGGCACGAAGAGGAGGAGCCGGGAGUCGCCCAGGAUGUAGUUGGGUCCGACGCUGAGGCUCAUCAUGAGGAUCCGGAGGAAAGCGGUUCUAUUUUGCGCGAACAUAGUGCCGCGGCGGAAGAUUUGACUGUGCAUACGGACGCAAAUGCCACAAUGGCAGACGAGCUACUGGAAUCUGGUUGGGCCGACCAUGCCAACAUCAACGAUACGGAGACACCGCCACAGGCUCCAGCUUCGGCUGAGCCAGAUGCAGCACCGUCGGAGGAUCAAGCAGAGGAGAACUCGGAACGCUCUGCGGACGAUCUAGAGGCCGAAAUGCAUCAGAUAGAUGACCACCAUCAUGAUCACCCUCCUGCUCCGCCGCCAGGCAGAACCAAGUUGGCUAUCGACGCCUUACAGAUAAUAUUCAUCGAAGACAUCCCUCGCGCCCUGUUUGGCCUCCGCAAGUCCAUUGACCUCUUCGGCAACGACUUCUACCUCGCCCACAUCUACCAAACCCUGGACUGGUGGACCAUGCCGUCCCACGUCACAGUCCUCGGCGACCUUAUCGGCAGCCAAUGGGUCAAAGACGACGAAUUUGAGUGGCGCGGCUGGCGGUACUGGAAUCGAGUCAUGGCCGGCGGCGAACGCAUCGACGAAUCCAUCACGACCCUUUCCGAUGACUCCCAGGAGCGCAUCUUCCAAAUCGACGAUCCCGACUGGCAGACCAGGAUCAUCAACAUUGCAGGCAACCACGACAUCGGCUACGCAGGGGACAUUUCACCCGCUCGAAUGGAAAGAUUUGAGCGUGUCUUCGGCAAGGCAAACUGGGACGUCCGCUUCGAAUAUCCUCCCCAGCCCAACAAUAAUUCGAUCAACGAAACGCCACCAUCACUGCAUCUAAUCAACCUGAACAGCCUCCUCCUCGACACACCAGCACUGUCGGAAGAUCUACAACAAGAAGUAUACACCUACAUGAACUCCAUAAUAACCCACCGCUCACGACCCGUGGAAGACACGACCUCUUUCACCCUCCUCUUGACUCACGUCCCCCUCUACAAAAAAGCCGGCAUCUGCGUCGACCCUCCCCACUUCGACUUCUGGCCCAACGACGACGGCGGCGGCGUCUACCGCCCCCGCGGCCUCAAAGAACAAAACCACCUGAGCCGCUCCGCCAGCGAACCCGGCAUCCUAGAAUCCAUCUUCGGCAUGAAAGGCGACAUCGCCGCCGCAGGCCAGGGUAAAGGCCGGCACGGCUUGAUCCUCAAUGGGCACGACCACGAAGGGUGUGAUACCUGGCACUACAUUCACGUUAAUCGCACCUGGGAUUCGGCCUCAGGAGAAGCAGAUCCUCUGUCGAAUAGGAAGACGCAAUGGCAUGUUUCGCGGACAGCGGAUGCAGAUGCGAAAGCUGCACAUACUGGAGUGAGGGAGAUCACGCUGAGGAGCAUGAUGGGCGAGUUUGGGGGUAAUGCUGGGCUUCUCAGUGCUUGGUAUGAUUUCGAAAAGGGGAAUUGGGAGUAUGAGUUCCAGACUUGUAAGCUUGGGGUACAGCAUGUGUGGUGGGCGGUGCAUAUUGUUGAUCUGAUCGCGGUCGUUGUAGUGGCUGCAUGUUUCUGCUUUCCGGUCUCGAAACGGGAUCAGCAGGCCGCGCCGAGGGUCGGGCAACCGGGAAAGGGUGGUAGCAAUGGGUCAGUAUGCAAGCAAGGUUGA